ACAACUACAAGCCUAACACCACCUUCCUCACCCUCUCAUUCACAUUCAACCCACACCCACCUCUUCAUCAUCACCCUUUUUUUUUUUUUAUCUUAAAUUAUUUUUCUGCUUUCUUUAUUCUUCUUUUUAAUCUUCUCUUGUGAUCUCAAAAUUGAAUUUUUGUGGGAGGAUCAAUUCAAUGACUUGUAUACUACCACCACUUGAUUCCUUGAUCAUUGCCUUCUCUUGGUGUAUGCAUUGAUUUUCUGGGCAAACAUGAAGUGUAUGAGCUUCAUUGCUUGCUGGUAUGGAGGUCAGAAGAUUUGUUCUACUCGCAUUGGUUGGGUAGUUAGUAGGUGCGUGGCUUUCAGUACGCAGUCUUAUAAGGAAGUUGUGGUAGAAAUGUGGACGCCUUUGGUGGAUAGAUAGUACUGGCUUUAAGUGUUAAUUAGGAGAUGCAUAUGUAAGAAUUAUCUCUACUUUAAUUGUUGCAACAUUUAUGCCGUAAUUUGGAUCUUUUCAUUUUUAUAGACAGAGGAAAAUAGGUUAUUGGUUAGCAAGACUCAGCUGAAAAAUAGUGAAUUAAAUUGAAGUAGAAAGCUAAAUUACACUAGAGAAGGGGGGAAAAAAGAAGAGGAAGAAAGGGAAAUAUAAGUUAAAAUUUUACAGAUGGGUUUGCCGCAAGUGUCCUCUGGUGAUAAUAAUGAGGAAGUUGCAGCAACAUCAUUGGGCUCAUUUUUGCAAAGCCCACCACGACUUACUGGUGUGAGCACCUGCAAUUUGGAUGGAAUGUGUGAAGGAAGUAUGAACCAAACGGUCAGGGAUAUCCCGUGCUCCUCUUUUGGAGAUUUCCAGAGGAAAGCAUCCUUGGAUUUUCCCAAGUUUUCUGAUGGAUCAUUUAGAUUUGUAGGGGAAAAUGAUGGUCUGCCUAGUGUUCAGGGGUUCAAGAUUGGCUCUGCUGAUAAAGGUGGUUUGUUUAAUCCUAAAAGUGUACGGUGUAUCCAAGACCCUGUCUCCAGGAUUGUGGGUUUUGAAUCGCGUGGAACAAGUUCUCUAUGUAAGGAAUUUGAUGGAGCUUCUUCUGAUGAUGUUCAUUCUUCUUCUGUUGAUCGUGUCAUAGUUAGUGGGGCUGAGUCCAGUGGGUCAGUAGUCCGAAAGCGAAUGUUGUCACCUUUAAAGAGUAUGCUUUUACCAGGCCAAUUUAGUGGAGAUCUUCUGGACAUUGGCUUCAGCAAUUCUCAAAUGUCUCUCUCUGCUGGGGCUGACAGUUCUAGUGUUUCAAUAUCACAAGACCAUAAGAAAGUAAAUGUUGGAAGCAAAAUCCACUUAACUCCGCCAUCUUGGUCCUUAUCCAGUUGCUUUGAACAGAAGACCGUGUCAUAUGAUGACAGAAGAACAACAUCCAUUUUUUUUACAGAUGGCCCUUUGCUGGAAAACAAUGAGCGAAACAGUCAUAAUAAUUGUUUGAAUGCACCUGGACUUGAUCAUUUCAAUGUGUCAAAUAAGGUAAGACCUUAUGGUGAGGUGAUAUCUAUAUCCCCCAAAAAGCUGAUCUCACCUUCUGUUUCGUUGUCACCUCUUGGUCCAAAGUUGUCUGAAAGAAUAGAAACUGCAGGAGGAUGCAGGAAGGAUAAGAAAGAGAUUGAGGAUUGUUGUUCACCCUUAAAGAAUUUAGAGGAGCCUAUUGACAAAUGUGACUCAGGUGCUAUCUUUGGCGCCAUUGAGGGCGAGUUUAAGUCUAGAACCCAAUCCUUUGAAGGUGUUCAUAAAGAGUUUCAUCCAUCUUCUUUGGAAAGCACAGCUAGCAUCAGUUGGCCAUUGAGUCAAGAGUCCCCUCCCACGUCCCAAUGCUUUAGGUUCAUUAGAAGUUUGAGUGGACUCUCGGUAAGAAGGUCCCUGGUUGGUUCGUUUGAGGAAUCUCUUCUCUCUGGACGUUUAAUUUCUGGAAAAUCCAGCCCGAGAAUAGAUGGUUUCCUUGCUGUACUUAGCAUUACUGGGGGGAAUUUCUCACCACAAUCACAGAAGCUUCCAUUUUCUGUGACCAGUGUGGAUGGAGAUUGCUACUUACUCUAUUAUGCAUCCAUAGAUCUUGCGGGAAAUUCAUCAAAUAAGUUCAGGGCCCAGAAACUGCAAAAAGGUCGUGGACAUGAUGAUUCACAAACUGUCAAAAGCUGUUUUCGAAUUCCUAUGAAAGGGCGAAUACAACUGGUUCUCAGCAACCCGGAAAAGACACCUGUUCACACUUACUUUUGCAACUAUGAUUUGAGUGACAUGCCGGCUGGUACAAAAACAUUCCUGCGCCAGAAGGUCACAUUAGCAUCUGGCAUAACAUCUACAGAGAUGAAGCGGGGACAUAUAAAUUUGGAUACCAAAGUAAAAGAGAAGAAUAGUGAAGUUAAAGAAAGUGAAGGUUCUAAUUUUGUGGAUUCACUAGAUAAAGGAAAUCCAACUAAUCAAUCCCAAAAAGUAAGAAGCACUCUCUCCUCUAUGCUUGAGAAGGACGAUGCCUGCAUGGAUACAUGCCAUGAAAUUAACAAGAAAACAAGUCAUGGUUGUUCAAAGGUUAAUGAAAAUGGUACUGGUGCUGGUGCUCUGCGUUAUGCUCUUCAUCUCCGUUUUUUAUGCCCCUCUACUAAAAAAUGUUCUAGAGUAGUUCAAAAAUGUAAAUCUGUACCACAAAAAUCAUGCUUAGACUUGGAAGGGGAACGAAGGUUCUAUUUAUAUAAUGACUUGAGGGUUGUAUUCCCUCAACGCCAUUCAGAUACGGAUGAGGGCAAGUUCAAUGUGGAAUACCAUUUCCCAGAAGAUCCGAGAUACUUCAACAUCGGCAACUGAAAAUGUCUAGUAAACUCACCAAAAAUCAUGCUUUCUUUGAUUGAAUCUGUAGAUAAACAAUACUUGUUCUUUGUUAGUCAUCUCCUCUCGAAAUGGCACUAACCCUGAACAACAACCUGUACAGAUUUUUAUUUAUCAAAUAAUUUGAUGGGUUAAUACA